UCCUGUCCAGUAUUACAAAGCUCAUCUAAACAAUAUGGCGUCGCGCAUGGUUCAUGCGGCGAACCCAAUUUGUGAAACCAUGAAGAAGUAUAUAAUACAGUUUGCGCACCAGCAUCUUGAUUUUCGAAUACCGGAAAUCAGAUCAAUAGUGUCUCUGAUUGGAUGUGAAGCAUCGCUGAAGGAAUGUGAUUUGGUCAGUGGGAGUCCCUUCAUGGAAAUUAAGCUGAAAAAUGACACAGAUGCGAUGAGAAUAAUGAAGCGUUCUGUCCUUAGCAAGCGAGUCUAUGAGCUGUGGGCGGAGGGAACUUCUGUGAAGGAAGUGAAAGACAAAAUUGACAGCCUGCCCAGUGAGGUUACGGAGGAGUACACCAAUAAUGGAAAAAGCUUCCGGAUCAUUGUGGAAACAUUUAACAAGAAAAUCUCAAGUGCAGAGAAGAUAAAAAAGAUUGAGCUGCUGACAGAAUCUGCGUCGGUUUUUCAAGCAAAGAUCAACCUCCGAACGCCGGAUGUGAGCUUCCACCUUCUCGAGUUCUAUGAGAACGACUCAAAGCCGAGCGAGGAACCCCUCAAGGUGUUCUUUGGCCGAUGGGUGGCUGAUGGCCAACGAGAUGCGAUACAGCAGUACCACUUACAGAAACGUCACUUCAUAGCAAACACCAGCAUGGACGCCUGUCUCUCCAUGGUGAUGGCCAACCUGGCACAGGUCAAGCACGACGACUUUGUCAUGGACCCCUUCGUAGGCUCAGGCAGUCUGCUGGUCUCCAGUGCCCACUACGGAGCGUAUGUCAUGGGAACCGACAUCGACUAUCUCCUGCUUCACGCCAGGGCCAAGCCGAGUCGAGCGUGCCAGAAAACACGCGCCAGCGAUGAGAGCGUCCGUCAAAACCUGCAGCAGUACGGGCUGGAGAGUCGGUACAUCGAUGUGAUGGUCGCCGACGCCUCGCGGCACCGAGUGUGGAGGAAGGGCUGCAGGUUCGACGCCAUCAUCACAGAUCCACCGUAUGGGAUCAGGGAGUCUGCUGCCAAGAUUGCGACAGUGGACGAGUCACAAGUGAAGGAAGUGGAAGGCGCCCCUCACUACCCGCAGAAGGCCCAGUACAACAUUGGAGACAUCUACAAAGAUCUGCUUAACUUUGCCGCCAAGUUUCUUGAGCUUGGUGGGAGACUUGUCUACUGGCUGCCCAUCUUCAGACCAGAGUACCAGGAGUCCAACAUCCCUCAACACCCGUGUCUGAGGCUGGAGUCGAACUGCGAGCAGCCCCUCAACUUGUCCAUCUCUCGGAGGCUCAUCACCAUGGUCAAAGACAAGGAGUUUGAGGAAAUACACAACAGCGAGGGAGCCUCAAUCGCUGUGGACCAGUAUGAGAAAGAGAGUUUUCGGCAGAAGUAUUUCAAAGCCGUGGUGGCGGCUGGAAGCGCAGAGAAACAGUCUUCAUGACAGCGGCUUACGGUGUGUGAGUGGAUGACGUGAAAGGUGUGUGUGUGUGUGUGAGAUUACGUGUGUGUGUGGGAGAAUGUGUAUGUG